AUGUCAAACCCUGUCUCCACUGUUUGGUUUGACCUCUUUGCAGAGAACCAGGUCUCUGACGCCGAGUCGUGCUUCAAGAGUUACGACGCGCUCGACACACUUGACAGUAUCCCCGGCCUCAGCUUUCUCAAGGAUCUGGUGUGGGCCGAGAUCAGGACAUGGGUCGCAAACAACGCCGACUCUCUGUCUCUCAUCAGCCAUGACGACCUCGACGGCCCGGGACGUGUCUUCCUGGGCGGCAUGAACCACGCUCUCAACGACGACACCCUCAGUGAUCAUCACAUCUCUGCCGCAAUCAGCAUCCAUCCCCCGGACCUGCUCGCUUGGCACCCCACCGACACCUCCUACGCCCUUCGUCGCUUCUCUGACCCCACCUCGCCAUGCUCGGUUAAGAACCACCUCAUGAUUCCUCUUGAGGACAAGGCCAACGCCGACCUCAUGGAGUAUUUUGACCAGACGUAUGAAUUCAUGCAGACAAGCCUGAGAGACGGCCACAACAUCCUUGUUCACUGCAAAUCUGGCAGAUCACGCUCGGUCGCUGUGGUGAUCGCAUACCUGCAGCGCAAGUACUAUGAUACAACAAUCCGGCCGCAGAACCUUCCCCAGGAUGAGGCCCUCGAGAAGAUGGCCUCAUACCGCGAGGCCGUGACCGAGAGCAUUCGAGUCCAACGGCUCCCAGUACUCAUCAUUAUGGAGCGUUUCGAGGACUUGCUGCAGCUCUACGAUCUUCAGCUGCUCGGGCACCCGGCUUACGAGCAGAAGCUCGCUAAUCUGUUCUCGCCCCCGCCGGCUCCCGAAGGUAAACCAGCGGAGCUGCCGAAGGCUGAGUCACAGACAGAGGCCCCGCAAAGGCCAAGGCUACAGACUCUGAGCUCGACGAAGACGUGGUCAGAUAUGACACGAUCACAGACGAUAGAUCUAGGGUCUCCUAGUGGGCUGAAGAGGGUGAAGAAGAAGGGCGGCGCGGGAAUCCUCAAGCUUGCAAUUGCCAUCACCUUCUUCAAGAACAACCAGAAGCCGCCGAUCGCUGUAGUCGAGCGUUUGUUCGAGGUAAACGAAGCCUACUACUGGGAGAUGGAGGGUGCGGAAUACAACGACGUUGACUACAAGGACUCGGGACAUAUCCAUCGAGGAAUUUGUGCCUUCUACUUCCAGUUCGCCCAGGAAUACGGAUAUGAGCCACCAAUGGCCGUCACACUGCUGUCGGACUGA